ACUUGUGAUCAUGUGAUGUAGCUCCAGUUUUAAAUAUAAUUCAAGAAAUAGUGAUUAUUUUAGUGCAUAUUUUUCAAUUUUAAGGCUAAAAUACAACAUUUGAAAAAUAUGAUUGUACACAAAAAAUUGUUAAUACCAAUCAUCUUCCAACUAAUAUUAACCCAAAGUUUUGUAACAAAUGGAGCAAUGUUACCUGAAGAAGGUACUACCAAUUUGGACACCGUAUCGACAACUCCUUUAAACAGUCAUGAAAAUGAGUUUCAAAAAAUUUCCGAUAAUAUAGAAUUAUCAGAAGAAGAAACUGAAUUAAUUCUACAACAAUUUGAUAGCAUUAUUAAUGGAUUAAAAACUUUUGAAGAGGAAUUAAAACCAGUUCCAGGCACAAUGACGGCGCGACCCAAAUGUGAGGUUACUAAAGAGAAGUUAGAAAAUUUAAAAAAAGAAAUCGUAGAAUCAUUAAAAGGUGUAUCAGACGAGGAUCCAGUUAAAUGCACUCUCGAUUUAAUUGGAUCUGAUAAUUGUAAUGAUUUAACAAAGAUGAUUCUUUGCGGUGUUAAACAAUUAAAAAGUGGAUUUGCAAAAGUUUCUAAAUCUGGUUCUAUCAAAGAAAUCACUAAAUGGAGAAACGCAUACGAAAAAUUAUCAGAAAAAUAUGAAAAAGAAAUUGAAGAUUUGAAACAAACUUUAUCACAAGAAUAUCAAUUAAAAUUAGAUAAAAUACAAAAUGAAUUCCAAGACUUGAAUAAAAAAUUAAAUAUUGCAUUGGAACGCUUACAGGCGACCAGAUUCGACUUUUGUAUUCUAGCAAUAAAGACUGGUAAUAUAGAAUCAGCUCUUGACCAUGCUAAAUAUUUCAAUUUAUAUUUGAUGUCACAAAUUAUUAAAGAAGUCUAUUAUGCUGAAAUAAAGAAGAACAAAGAACCAAAAGCUUUUGAGAAUAUCAUGAAAUUUCUUAAAAAGUAA